AUGUUGGUCCUGUGUGUUGGCCCAUUCGGCUGGUACCGAGCAAGCCCAGUCCUGGACCAGUCAUUUGCGGGGAUGAGAAAUCCCUCCUAUGGGGAGAUCAUCCCUAGGAUGGUAUCUGACCACGCUGCUUCUGGCAAAAUCCAUCAUGCCCUGGCGCAGAGUCCAACGCCUGUAGUCUACACGGAUCCCACGACGGGCAUCACAUUCGACACAUGGCCAAUCGCGAAUGCCGGCUCGGCGGGUGGGCUCACGUUUGGCAUGGUCUUACCAUCCACUGGCCUGUCGACUGAUUCGAACGAAUUCAUUGGAUAUCUCCAAUGCGCUUCCAGCAGUGCAGCUCUGACGGGAUGGUGCGGCGUUUCCUUCGGAGGUUCCAUGACCAACAGCUUGCUGCUGAUGGCCUGGCCAUACGAGGAGGAGGUCUACACCACGUUCUUGUGGGCUACUGGAUACGUCGAGCCAGCACCAUACACGGGAGAUGCUCGUUUGACCCAGAUAUCUUCCACAGUCAACGAAACCCACUAUACGCUGGUCUUCCGAUGUCAGAACUGCUUGUCCUGGGAUCAGAACGGAUCCACGGGAGGCAUCUCGACCAGCAGCGGCGGAUGGGUGAUGGGAUGGGCACAGGCUCUGCCACAGCCAUCGAACCCAAGCUGCCCUGCCCAAGUCAGCAUGGUGCAGCAUGAAACCCAGGGUAUCUUCGGAGCUAGAUUUGAGAGCGGCGUUGCCAAUCCAUCCUACACCAAGUGGGUAUCAUCAGCCACGAGGACCGUGACCGGAAGCUGUGCGACGACGACGGCCACAACCACAAGCACCACAGCAACGGCCACCGCCACUGUGACAGCGGCCCCAAUACCUACGGCUACAUAUGACUACAUUGUCGUCGGCGCGGGGGCUGGCGGAAUACCUAUCGCUGACAAGCUCAGUGAGGCCGGCAAGAAGGUUCUGCUCAUCGAAAAGGGACCACCAUCCUCAGGACGCUGGGGCGGUGCCCUCAAACCCGAUUGGCUAGAUGGAACCAAUCUGACCCGAUUCGAUGUCCCGGGACUUUGCAACGAGAUCUGGGUCGACUCAAACGGAAUUGCAUGUACUGAUACUGACCAGAUGGCGGGCUGCGUCCUCGGUGGAGGAACAGCAAUCAAUGCCGGGCUAUGGUGGAGACCCAAAGCGUUGGAUUGGGACUACAACUUUCCAAAUGGCUGGAAAUCUGCCGAUAUGAAAGCAGCAGCAGACAGGGUCUUCUCUCGCAUCCCCGGUACAGAUCAUCCUUCGAUGGACGGCAAAUUGUAUUAUCAAGAGGGUUUCAAUAUCCUCUCCGGCGGACUGGCCACGGCUGGAUGGAAGAACAUCACUGCGAACCAGGAUCCCGAUUCCAAAAACCACACAUUCUCGCACACGCCGUACAUGUUCUCCAACGGGGAGCGUGGAGGGCCAAUGGCUACGUAUCUCGUCACGGCUGAUAAACGCCCCAACUUCGACCUCUGGAUGAACACUGCUGUCAAGAGGGUUGUACGCAACGGCGGUCACAUAAGCGGCGUUGAAGUCGAGGCUUUUAGGAACGGGGGCUAUGCUGGUGUCGUAAACGUGACGGCUGUCACUGGCAGAGUUAUCCUUUCAGCCGGCACAUUCGGCUCGGCCAAGCUUCUUCUCCGCAGUGGUAUUGGGCCCUCGGACCAGCUCAAAGUUGUCCAAGGCUCACGCGACGGCCCAACAAUGAUCAACCAGACCCAGUGGAUCAAUUUGCCCGUCGGGUACAACCUUGAUGAUCACACGAAUACUGAUACGGUGAUCUCUCAUCCUGACGUAGUCUUCUAUGACUUUUACGAAGCAUGGGAUGACCCGAACCCCAACGAUGAAUCUGCCUAUUUGAAGAAGCGGUCGGGUAUCCUCGCGCAAGCCGCACCCAACAUCGGUCCCAUGUUUUGGGACGAAAUCAAAGGGGCUGAUGGCGUAGUACGGCAACUUCAAUGGACCGCUCGAGUUGAGGGAAGUGCUGGGAUUGACAAUGGCCAUUCAAUGACCCUGAGUCAAUAUCUCGGCCGCGGCUCCACGUCUCGAGGCCGUAUGACUAUUACUUCCGAUUUGAGCACUAUCGUCUCCACACUGCCCUACUUGAACGACAAAAAUGAUGUGCAGGCUGUCAUUCAGGGCAUCAAGAACCUCCAAGCCUCUCUGGCUAAUGUUAAGAACCUGACCUGGGAAUACCCUGCGGCAGGUGUCUCUGUGGAGGAUUUCGUUAAUGAUAUGGUAGUCUCUUAUUCAAACCGCCGCGCAAACCACUGGAUUGGAACCAACAAGAUUGGUAGCGACGACGGCCGCAGUGGUGGCUCGGCGGUCGUUGACACCAACACAAAGGUUUGGGGAACAGAUAACUUAUUCGUUGUGGACGCAAGUAUUUUCCCUGGCCAUGUUACGACCAAUCCAUCCUCCUACAUUGUUACCGCCUCGGAGCAUGCCUCGGAGCGCAUCUUGGCUUUAGCUCCGGCCACUGCUGGUGCCAAGUUCGCUCAGUGCGGUGGUUCCACCUGGUCAGGUAGCUUCCAGUGCGCCAAGGGUCUGACCUGCACAGUCAAGGAUGCGUAUUACUCGCAGGAAAGUCGAUAA